GGCUCAAGAGUGGAAGGGGCAUUCUGCUGCCAUGAUUCCGAGCAACAAGAAGGCCAGGAUCGAGGGCGAGAAGGGUGACGCUGGUCUUCCCUGGGUUGAGAAAUAUCGCCCAGACCGGAUUGAAGAUGUCGCUCAGCAGGACGAGGUUGUUGCGGCACUCAAGCACAGCUUGCAGACGGGCGAGCUGCCAAACCUGAUGUUCUAUGGACCGCCUGGCACCGGGAAGACCACGGUGGCCCUCGCUUUGAUGAAGCAGUUUUUUGGUCAAGACUGGCGGUCCAGAGUCAAGGAGCUCAACGCUUCGGACGAGCGCGGCAUCUCGGCGGUGCGUGAGAAGGUGAAGACCUUCGCUCAACUCACAAUUGGAUCCAGUGACUCCAAAGCGCGGUUUAGAGUGAUCAUCCUGGAUGAAGCCGACUCCAUGACGCACGAUGCUCAGGCGGCUUUGCGGAGAAUCAUGGAGGAGAUACGUGCAGGUGACGCGAUUCAUCAUCAUUUGCAACUACGUCUCCAAGAUAAUCGAGCCCUUGCACUCCAGAUGCUCCAAAUUCCGAUUCCAGCUGGUAGGUCCAGAGUUUCAGAAGAGCCGCCUGCUGCACAUUUGCCAGCAGGAGAGAAAGUGACGAUCAGCCCCAGCGCACUGGACAAGCUCAUCACUUUGUCCAAGGGUGACAUGCGCUGUGCCGUGACCAUGCUGCAAACUGCCGUCAGCUUCUACACGCAGGUCGACGAGGACUCCUUAGUAGAGGUUGCCUGCGCGGUGCCAGAGUCAAAGACCAUGGAAUUGCUGAGCCAGACCAAGGCUGCCCAGACCACGGACCAGGUGCUGCAGGCGGUGCGCAACUUCCUGUUGGAUGGCUACUCGGGUUUGCAGGUCAUGGAGCAUUUGCUGGAGCUCAUCGCGGAGGAUCCAUCCUUGCCGGAUUUGGCGAAGGCCAAGUGCGCGAUCCUCUUCUCUCAGGCAGAUGAGCGCCUGUGCCAGGGCUGCGACGAGGA